CACCCGCCCCAUCUGGUCCAGCUCGAGAUGGCCGCGACGCUGAGCCUGGAGCCCGCGGGCCGCAGCUGCUGGGACGAGCCGCUGAGCAUCGCCGUGAGCGGCCUGGCCCCCGAGCAGCCCGUCACGCUGCGCGCCGCCCUGCGCGACGAGAAAGGCGCGCGCUUCCGCGCCCACGCGCGCUACCGCGCCGACGCCCACGGCCGCCUGGACCUGGCGCGCGCGCCCGCGCUGGGCGGCAGCUGCGGGCUCGAGCCCAUGGGGCUGCUCUGGGCCCUGGAGCCCGAGCGGCCUUUCUGGCGCCUGGUCAAGCGCGACGUGCGGACGCCCUUCGUGGUGGAGCUGGAGGUGCUGGACGGCCACGAGCCCGACGGCGGGCGGCUGCUGGCGCGGGCGGUGCACGAGCGUCACUUCAUGGCUCCCGGGGUGCGGCGCGUGCCCGUGCGCGAGGGCCGUGUGCGCGCCACGCUCUUCCUGCCCCCAGAACCUGGGCCCUUUCCGGGGAUCGUGGACCUUUUCGGAGUUGGAGGUGGCCUUCUGGAGUAUCGAGCAAGUCUGCUGGCUGGGAAGGGUUUUGCUGUCAUGGCUCUGGCUUAUUAUAACUACGAUGACCUCCCCAAGGGCAUGGAAACCAUGCGCAUGGAGUACUUUGAAGAAGCCGUGAACUACCUGCUUAGCCACCCCGAGGUAAAAGGUCCAGGAGUUGGGCUGCUUGGCAUUUCCAAAGGGGGUGAACUUGGCCUUGCGAUGGCCUCCUUCCUGAAGGGCAUCAAAGCUGCUGUCAUUAUUAAUGGCUCUGUGGCUGCUGUUGGGAACACCAUAAACUACAAGGAUGAGGCGAUCCCUCCUGUGACUAUCCUGAGAAAUCAAGUCAGAAUGACCAAAGAUGGCCUCCAGGAUGUUGUGGAUGCUCUGCAAAGCCCUUUGGUAGAACAGAAGAGCUUUAUCCCCGUGGAAAGGUCAGACACGGCCUUCCUGUUGCUUGUGGGUCAGGAUGACCACAACUGGAAGAGCGAGUUCUAUGCCAAUGAGAUCUCCAAACGCUUGCAGGCCCAUGGGAAGGAGAAGCCCCAGAUCAUCUGCUACCCGGAAGCAGGGCAUUAUAUUGAGCCCCCUUACUUCCCCCUGUGCAAGGCGGGCAUGCACCUCCUGGUGGGGGCUAACAUCGUCUUUGGAGGGGAGCCUAAGCCUCAUGCCAUGGCCCAGUUGGAUGCAUGGCAGCAACUCCAGACUUUCUUCCACAAACACUUGGGUGGUAAGAGUUAGGGAGUGACUUCCCAAAUACAACCUAUUUUCUAAUGGCUUUGGGGGAAAAGGUUCAAAUACAUUGUAAGAAUAUCAGUUAAUAUUACUUCAUCUGAACAUAGUGUUGAAUAUAGUGCUUAUUCAAGGGCUGAAAACGUAGUUCAGUGGUAGAGUACCUGACUGGCUUGUGUAAGUCCCUGGGUUCAAUCCCAAGUGCUGUAGGAAAUCAGGCAGAUGUUAUAUAGAAACUGUACCUUUUCAAGGAAUUGAAUCAAAAGAAUACCAUGAGUAGCCACACUGUUGUGUCAUUAAAAAUUAUGUACUUCAA